AUGAGCCUCUACAGUUAUUUAGAUUUUCCCGAUAUCAAGUAUGAAGGGCCCAGAAUAGAAGAACACUUUCCCAAUAUCUUUACUACUUUCAGCCAGAUGGCUGCAGUUCUUACAUUAUAUUUUUCAAUGAUACUUAUUGGUCCAAGUUUGAUGAAAAAAUACAGUCCGUUCAGACCAAAAAGAUGGCUUUUGGCAUACAACAUACUCCAAGUCAUAUGUAACGUGUUUUUGCUAUAUUUGAUAUUUGACUGUUGUGGCUUAGGCAUAUUUAGGGUCUGGAAUCAUGUCUGUGAUCCAGUGAGUUCAUCAGUCGGCUUUGAUCAACAAGUUCAAUUCAAGGUAUUACGCUUGAUGUAUGUAUACUACCUCAUUAAGAUAUUUGACCUCAUUGAUACAGUUUUUCUAAUUUUGAUGAAAAAACAACUAAGUUUUCUUCAUUUAUUUCAUCAUUCAUCAAUGGUUUUCAGCAUAUGGGUAACAACAUCCUUUUUUAGAGAACAAAUAGGAAUUUUUUUUGGAUUUAUGAAUACACUGGUCCAUGCUGUAAUGUACUGUUACUACUUUUUGUCAUCAUUUGGCCCAGUUGCACAGAAAUAUCUCUCAUGGAAAAAGCACCUAACAUCGCUGCAGAUGGCUCAAUUUAUUGUAAGUCUUGCAGUGCUGGUGAAAAUGAAGUUUGAAAACUGUCAUGUGACACAAUGUUUUUGGUUGCUGUGGGGCUUCAAUAUAAUAUGUUUUCUAGGUUUCUUCUGUAAUUUUUACAUAAAAGCUUAUGGGAGAAAGAAGAAAACAGACUAA